AUGUCGUUCUGGACGGAAGCCUGCCUGAAUCUGCGCCAUGCCGUGCCAAAAUCCCUUCCGAGUCAUCGCUUAUGUCGCGCGCAAUCCAAGCGAUUCCUCAACUCCUGCACAUCGGUGUCGCGGACAAUCGCCUCGUCUCAAUCUCUAGUUGCUCGGAAGUCUAGUCUUCCCGUGCAGGCGCAACAGUCAUGGCGGUCCGGGGUGAAUGCGGGACGGCGAGGCUUCUCCGCCACUGCCGGUGUUCAACACGGUCAUAUCACGCCUCCGAAGCCUGGAGAGGAGAUCAAUGUCACCUUUAUCGACAAGGACGGCCAGAAGAUUGACUUUCAAGUGGCGGAGGGUGACAACCUGUUGGACAUCGCGCAGGCCAACGACCUUGAGAUGGAAGGUGCUUGUGGUGGUUCCUGUGCCUGCUCUACCUGCCAUGUUAUUGUCGAAGACCCCGACAUGUUUGACAAGAUGGAAGAACCGACGGACGAUGAGAACGACAUGCUUGACUUGGCGUUCGGAUUGACCGAGACCUCCCGCCUGGGAUGUCAGGUCAAAAUGACAAAGGACCUGGAUGGUCUGGUGGUGCGACUGCCGUCGAUGACCCGGAAUCUGCAGGCCAGCGAUUUCCAGCAAAAAUAG